AUGGACUCCUUGAAGACAAUUCUUUGCGGUUUCACUUUCGUCACAAUUGCGCGUGCCGGCUUCCUUGGCGGAGGCGGGGGCGGUUUCGGCGGCGCCGAUGGUUUUGGAGGUGGACAGUACGGGGGUGGUGGAGGCCAUGGUGGUGGCAUUGGAGGGGGAUUCGGUGGUGGUGACCACGGCGGAGGAGGAGGUGGUGUCGGUGUAUCGUAUCUCGUAAGCACCGUCAGUAAGACCGUUGGCGGAGGUGGAGGCCAUGGCGGAUAUGGUGGAGGAGGUUUCUCUGGAGGCCACGGCGGCGCCAAUCUCGGAGGCGGUUAUGGAGGAGGUUUCUCCGGUGGCUAUGGUGGUGGUGCUGGCGUCGGCGGAGGUGCUGCUAAGAUCAUCAUUAUCAAGGACGCUGGAGGGGCCGGAAGCGUUGGAGGAGGAUACGGCGGAGCUGGAGGCUUCGGCGAUGGCCACGGCGGUGGAUUUGGAGGUGGAAUAGGAGGUGGUUAUGGCGGACACCACGGCGGCGGAUGGCAGUAA